UUCACUCUGUGCGCGAACAUGUAAAACCAUCAAAAGUCAAGUCCGUUCUUCGAAAUUCGAACUGUACGACUUCCCUUUUCUGCAGCUUAAAAAAAAAAAACAGAGAGUCACUCACACUGCCCAGUUACUGUUAACUUGUAAAGCAACACAACAACAAGGAAAAGGGAGAGAAAAAAACUCUGAUUUCUCAAGAAAAGAAAAGAAUCCAAUAAUGGCUGAUAAAGAAGCAGAGAAACAAGUGAUGAUCGAAGAAGAUAAGGAGAAAUGGUUAAAGCACUACUCAUCGAAUCAUCAAAUACUGUUGGUUGGUGAUGGAGAUUUCUCGUUCUCUUUGAGCUUGGCUCUUUCUUUUGGCUCUGGUUCUAACAUUGUUGCUUCCUCUCUUGACACAUCUGAUGUCUUGAUUAAGAAAUACAAGAAAGCAAAGUCAAAUCUGGAAAAUCUAGCGAAGCUGAAAGCAUCUACCUUACAUGGAGUGGACGCAACCAAAAUGAAGCUUCACCCGGAUUUGAGGAUGCGAAAGUUUGAUCGGAUUAUCUUCAACUUUCCUCAUGCAGGCUUUCAUGGAAAGGAAGACAAUAUUAAACUGAUUGAGAAGCAUAGGAAUCUUGUGCGGGGCUUCUUCAGGAAUGCAAAAAGCAUGCUACGAGCAGAUGGGGAAAUUCAUGUAAACCACAAAACAACAGCUCCAUUUUGCCAUUGGAAUAUCGAGGAACUUGCACGGAGAAACUCUUUAGUAUUAAUUGAACGUGUUGAAUUUAAGAUUGAAGACUAUCCAGGUUACAACAAUAAGAGAGGAGAUAGCAAUAGAUGUGAUGAACCCUUUCCUUUGGGAGAGUGCAGUACCUUCAAAUUUAGAUUCUCUCAUGCUGCUAAGAUGUCUAAAGCAACUAGUCACUUGGGUUUUGCCGGCAAAAGAUGUCCGCAACUUCAUGACAAUCCAAUAAAGAUGUAUCAUCAGCCAAGUUUAUUCAACCACAUGCAUCCUCAGCCAACUGUUUUCAACUACAAACAUAGGCAGCCAACUUUAUUCAAGCACACACAUCCUCAGCCAAUUUUAUUCGAGCACAAAUGUCCUCAGCCAACUUCAUUCAAUCGAAUGCAUCCCCAGCCAGCCUUGUUCAAUCAGGUAUAUUCUCAAACAAGUCUCGCCACAAAUAUGAAUGGCUUUCCAGGCUAUUUGCAAUCAACUUCUACAAUUAGCAUCGAAAAGGCUGAUGACUUUAAUGGCUACCACAAUCAUACCUUGGAACCACAUGGUAGAACUGUCAAUCAUGUGGACUGCUCUUAUAAUGACUAUAAAAUCUACAUGCCAGAAGCACCAGGAAGAACCUUGGAAGGUGAUCUCUAUGUGUCGCCUGAGCUUCAACAUUUAAGCAACAUGAGAUCAGCCCUAUGGCGAAGGUUGGUUUUGACUCAUGGUCAGCACCCGGAAGCCUCAACAGUUGUCUAGUUCUUAUGGAAACUCUACCACCUUUUGUUUUUGUUUCUUGGAGGUGCAUUUGGCAUUUGUUUGAUGCUAGAGGAGUUUGUUUAUUUCGACCUUUUUUUUCUGUAUAUACUGUUACCAACUCGGCAGCUAAUACCUUUUGAUUUGCUCGAUCUACUACUGACAGUCACAUUCAAAUGUAAUAUUGCAUGAGCGUUUGUCUAUUUUAGUGAACAAAAACAAUGGUCCGUUGUAUGUUC